AUGUUUGCUCUGCGGUGUUGUGGUGAACAUUUAGAGGAUGGUCGUUUAAUACUCGAUGCAAUAAAUAUAGUCAAGCCACACAAGAUCGAAAGUACCAUAUUUAAGACGGGGGAUGUUCAAUUGUUAAUAAAUACGUCCCAAAUGCUUUACAAUAAAAAAAAACGUUUAGAUUUCGAUGAUUGUAAUGCGAUUUCUAAUGAUGAGUAUUAUACCUUGACGAGCUUAAACAAAGCACAAUUUGAUAAUUUAAUAAAAGAGAUAGCAGUUUCACCAAUUCGUAAUACGUCAAUUAGAUCGAUACGCACAGCGGUGGCCUGUUUAUUAUGUAAAUUACGGUUGGGUUUAUCUAAUACAGUUCUGGGUUUAUUAUUCGAAUUACCAGAUAAACGAGCUGUAUCUCGAGUUAUUGAAAGUGCUCGUAAAGCACUAUUGGAAAGUUUUGUUCCCGAUCACCUUGGAUUUUCUCAUAUUAAUCGUCGUCAGAUAAUAGAUAAUCACACAACAACAAUAGCACGUGAACUUAUGGGUGGAAGAAAUGACACACUUGUGCUGAUUGUCGAUGGAACAUACAUUUAUAUACAAAAUGAUGUAUUUGUUGUAGACCGAGGUUUCAGGGAUAGUUUAGGAGUGAUGCAUGCUUUAGGCUUGGAUGUGGCAAUGCCACCAUUUUUAGACGGUCAAAAACAAUUUUCAACAUCAAGUGCGAACAAAUCACGAUGUAUAACGAAAGUGAUACAACAACGCAAUUUGUCUCGAACUUCUCAAUGGGAAAAUAUUGAUGCAGCGUCACUCUUUUCGACAUUCCCGUUGUUAUCCCAAGAAGAGAUAGGAGAUAUAACUUUAGGGGUAUUUCAGUUGAGGCGUGCAAGAUCGUAUGCCGAAGAGCAUUGUUCUUCAACCAAACUAACCGAACCGGUUACAUAUCUUAUCCAAAAGUGCAAAACAAUCGCAAACAUGAUAAGAGUAACAACACAAUCAGCACACGCCACAGGGAAAUCUUACCACGCAGUCAUACAAUUUAACAAAGACGAGAUCACUGGCUGGUAUUGCGAAUGCCCAAUAGGAAGCCGUAUUCUUGGAUGCUGCAGUCAUGUUGCUUCUGCCAUUUGGUUCUUAAGCUACGAGCGUUGGCAGACCAAACCGCGCGUCAUGCCCUCCGGCGAUUAUGCCCAACUAUUUACAGACAGUAUUCAAGUUUCAGACUUUUGUGAUUCAACCGAUGAUGAAGAUGUAAAUACUCGCUAUUCUUUAAAAUAA